GCAGACUAAGCUGUCUGUUGGCAGUGUCUGGAAGGAAAUGAGUUUCAACUUGACAUCGAUCAAGCUGUGAGUGUGAGGAUCUCUCUAUUCUGUGGCCUUGGAAGUCCUGCGAAGUACGACCUCUUAUCUUGAGAACAGCGCUGCCUCACUGCAACAUCCGGAAUGUUCCAGACCAUGAUGGUUGUGGCCUUGCCGGCCAUUGUGACCUUGACCGCUGCCUUCUUCAUCAUGAGGAGAGUAAUGAAAGAUGAAGAGGGUCCUGGCUCAGUGCCGCCCCGACCUUUCACCAGAUCGCCCCGAGGAGAUACUUCUCCCAGAACAGUGAGACGUCGUAAGAGGAACGGGACGUCUGUUGAAGAGGAAUGUGUUGUUUGUUUCGAGGAGCGAGUGCUAGUCGAAAUCUACCCUUGCAGACACAGGCAUGUUUGUGAGAAGUGCAUCCUCAAAAUCGUGGGCACGACUAAACGCAGCUGUCCCUUGUGCCGUAAGAGGAUUCAGGGUUACUGCUGAACGUUGUAGGCUUCGGACAUGAAAUCCAAGUCUUUUAUCGAAUUCUUUUUUGAAUCAUAAUAAAAGUGUUGAACUGACUGUCCUGCGAGUGUCAAAAUGAAGAUGACUUCAUCAAGUGAAGCUGUUAAACUGCCUUGGAAAUGUAUACCGUUUCUGAAUUUAUAAAGUGCGUUAAAAGAUUUUUCUGUUAAUAAUCUAAUCUUUAAACAGAUUUAUUUUUCUGUUUGACAUUGUAAUUUAGUAGUUUAAGCAUAUAUUUCUGUAGAAUGUAUGUGUGGAGCAUUUUUUGUGUCUGAAUACUUUUACUUCCUGCUUUGUGUUGUGCUGUGGUGAAAUCAGUCUCUCCUUAGAAUAAUGAAAUUAAAGAAAUCUAUAUUUGC